AGUAAUAAUAAUAGAGAUGGUGAUAAUAAAUGGGAGAAACAACCAAGAGGAGGACCUACGAAGCGAUAUAGAGCCAUAAAAGCCAAAAGAAGAGGAAGAAGCAGUAUAUAUCAGCAUCCGCCUUUCUGCUAUCCUCUGUUGAUCAAGGGAUAAAAAUAUGUUGGAUGUAAGGAGUCAUUGACCGCCUUGCAGCUGAUAGUGAAGGACAUAUAAGUACGUUGCUAGGAGUAGUGCUAAGAGAGUGAUGCUGAGCUGACGUACGUGGGAUUAUUGUUACCCCUGAACCCUCACUAUGCCCUCCAUCGCACCCUCCAAGAUCAUCCAGUUCAAGAAUUGCCGGCUGGUACGAGACGGAGCCAUUGUGAGAGAUGACUUUUGGGUGCGAGGGGGCCGCAUCCUCAACCCAGAGCCGCUGUUCUUUGAGGAGCGGGUGCGGGCUGACCUGACGGUGGACUGCCAUGAUGCGUUGAUCUGCCCCGGCUUCAUAGACAUACAAAUUAAUGGAGGGUUUGGCUAUGACUUCUCCUCUGAUGUGGGGAAGCUGGAGGAGGCCAUGGCUGUCGUGUCCAAGGGCUUACUGUCUACUGGGGUGACGUCCUUUUGCCCCACUCUCGUUACCUCUCCCAGCGCUGUGUAUCAUGAGGUGUUGCCCAAGCUCAAAAGAACACCUGGCGGGAAGGAAGGGGCCGGCAUCUUAGGGGUUCACCUGGAGGGGCCCUUCAUAAGCCCCGAGAAGAAAGGUGCCCACCCCGUGCAGUACAUCCAGAAGGUGGAGGGAGUGGAGAAGCUGCACAAUACGUAUGGCAACCUGAACAAUGCUGCUCUGGUAACUAUUGCCCCUGAGCUGCCCGGGGCCUUGGAGGCUAUUCGACACUUGGCCAGCCUGGGCAUAAAGGUUUCUGUGGGACAUUCUAAUGGUAACCUUGAGGACGGUGAGGCAGCAGUCAACCACGGCGCCUCCUUCAUCACCCACCUGUUCAAUGCCAUGCUGCCGUUCCACCACCGUGACCCUGGCUUGGUGGGGCUCCUGACCAGCCAGCGCAUCAACCGGCCAGUUCACUACGGAAUCAUUGCAGACGGAAUACACACCCACCCAGCGGCCCUCAGGAUUGCCCACCGCACUCACCCUAAAGGUCUGGUGUUGGUGAGUGAUGCGAUGGCCGCCAUGGGCCUGGGCGACGGGAAUCACCUGAUAGGACAGAUGCAGGUGAAGGUGGAGGGGAAGCGAGCCCAGCUGGUGGGCACCAACACCUUGGCCGGCUCCAUCGCCACCAUGGAUGACUGUGUCCGCCACUUCAUCAAGGCAGCCGGUAGGUGCUGCUGCUCUUGGGGCAUCAGGGCGGCCUCCCUCCACCCAGCGGAGGUGAUGGGCCUCAGCCACCUCAAGGGCACGCUGGACUACGGCUCCGAUGCAGACUUCCUCUUGGUGUCCGACAGGGGCCCGCUACAGGUGCUCAACACCUUCAUCGCCGGGGAGUGUGUGUACAGCGCCCCCGAGGCACCGCCACUCAACUACAUACAACAGAAGCACCACAAGGGAGGUGCAGCCUUGUAGGAAUAGUAUACAUAGACUGCUUGUUGUGUUUAUAAAGUUUAUACAUUGCUUUCCUAAUCACUUCUUGUUAUGUAUAUCUAUGCUUUGCUUUUAUUUCUCUUUACCAGGUGCAGUUAAACCAUGCAAAAACUACAUUCUGAGAGGACCCCAAGCUUGGUUCUUUGCAUUGCUUGUUUAAUUAAGGCCCUGGGAAAAACAUAUUGGUAUUCCAGUGCUUCUUACUUUUAAGGGCAUUAUUGUGACCGUCCAGUCAGUGCACACUUUUUAUGAUAUUAUGUUCGCCUUAUUCGGCCUGUGAGUCCACUUAAGGUUUGUGAGCAGUCAUUGUGGCCUUUCCUAGACAAAUUGAUAAGUGGCCAGAUGGCUUGAUGGAGUUCCUUACAGGGUUAAUGUGUUGUCAUUCGAUGGAAGGUUCAUCAAUCUUUCUCAUGGCUCAUAGUAUCAACAUAAAGUAAAAGGAUAUUCGAAUUCUGUUAAGUGGAAGCAUGCAUAUGUUUAACUGUCUGCUACAUACAUACCUACAGCAGAGUUGUUACUGUGCAAGUUUGUUAAGGUUGUGACAGCAAUACUGUGUUCAGUGCUCUCUACUAAAGUCUUCACAUUCCUACAACAUAUUCCACAUUUUAAGAAAGACGGAACCUUGUUAUGAUGACCACCAGUUAUUGUUUUAUAGACUUUAUAUAUAAAGGCAAACUUUUGAA